AUGUCCCAACAACGCGAAACAUACAACUCCCCUCCUCACACCCCCCCCUCCCAAACAGCAAGAUACAAGUCGAAGCGCGGGUAUUCAGCUCGACCAUCCAUUCGCGACGCCUUUCCAGAUGUCAUGGAGAAUUCAAGGGUCAGCGACUCCGGAGAUGAUCGAGACCCGCAUGAUCUGUCUCUAUCUCCGCAACAUGCGGCGCGGACCUCCAUCGUCGACAACAUGCUUCUUUCGCUCGAUCAAUUCGCCCCUAGUUCGUCGGUUCUAGAUGACUAUCGUCUAUUUAAUUCCGCCUUUGAAAACGAUCAUCCCAAUCAUUAUUCACAGGAUUCUACUAGCCAAGGUCGGUAUCGUCCUGGUCAUACUUUCUCAUCGUCCAUGUCCUCGGACCCAGAAUACGGGUAUGAUGAUGGGAAUGACCUCUAUUCAACAAUCACAGCGACCAAGGGUCGACGAAGCAACAGCAGCUCUACCUACCAGACGGCACCACGACAAGCGGGAAGCUCACGCGGAGGAGACGCAAUCAGUUCUCGUGGUGCGGGAACGAUGCCACGAACAAACACAGCCCGAAAAGGGAGCAAGGGGAGCUCAUCGUCCACCGUGGACUACUCAUAUACCAGAGCACGAACAGACCAAAGUUUGGACCGGCGCUCAGCUAGUUUUGACUGCGGGCCCAAACGAACCUUUGCGUCUUAUGCCGACACAAGUGUUGGCCAUGAUUCAAUGUUGUACGACGAUCAUGAUGCCGCGCCUACUCCGAGCGUCCCGGCAGGUCCACGAAGGGCCCCGGAAUAUAAGGCCCUGGAAUAUAAUAGGCCACCAAACGCUGCUGCCUCCCGAUCACCGACACCAGGGAAAUCUGCCCAAGCGCCCCAGGUUCGAAAGGCCCGCCCCGAGAAUAUCGGCACGGGGACUCUGCGAGUUCGGGACAACGACUUCCUAAACAUGGGUGAUACAGAUCUCGAUCCCCCGACCAUUCCGGGAUCCUUGGAGCCUCCUGCUCCUAGCCCGACCAUUUCCUAUAACAAGCCGGCGUUUCCUCCCCCAGAACCGGUGGCAAACCUUAACAUUUCAACCAGUAUUUCUACCAAUAACCCUGCUCCUAGCAAUAAAGAACGCCCUGGUUUCUUCCGGCGUGUGUUUGGGUCCAAGAAUCCGGCUCCUGGGCCUGUCGUUCCGGUAGAGAUACCAAACUAUAGCCCAAGCGAGUUAGCAUAUCUACAAGAGACCGAGGCCAAAGAAGCUACUGCAGCGGCUACCGUGGUAAAUACACGUAUCCAGCAGGCCCCUAAGAGCUCUGUGGGGGCCUCCCCGUCCUCUAUUCGCACAGGACCCCACCAAGUCGUGAACAAGAAGUCUUCAUUUUUCCGCAGGAGGAAGAGAUCAGUGGUAGACCACGUUCCUCCACCAAUCGUAAUUCCUCAGCAUCUUGUGCCGCAGACCCUAGAUACCAUGCAGCCGGAGCCGAGUCCGGUGAGCAGUCUCCGCCAGGUCAUGAAUCCUUAUCUCGAUGAAGAAUCAGACAAGAAGGGAAAUGCGGACUGGGAAGCUAAGAUUCGACAGCCAGCUUUUCUGCAGGCACAGAAGAAAAGAGAGAGUGUUUCAGCUCCCGGAGCCCCCAAAGCUAGGACAUCUGUUCAGCCCACCACUUCUCGUGACCAAGAGUCUUCGCCGCUUGCAGAGAACCGGUCUGAGCCCGCACCUGCGAAGGCCAAAGGUUUUACGGAUUGUACUCCACAAGAGGAAUUUCAGAACGCUGCUCAGUCUGCUACGCUAUCCCCUGUCGUGGAGGAUUUCUCACGCAGCAUCCAAUCACAGGCAGAUGUUCCUCACGUGAAUGUUGCAAAGCUAGCGCUUCCAUCCGAAGACAAAUUCUGUGAAUCCCCUGUCGAUUCUAUCUCGACAGCAUCGCACUAUCAAACUGCAGCGAACACUCCGCUGAUUGAGCAAGAAGAACCUAGGCCAGUCCUCAAUGUCGAGGACAAAGCAGAUGGACCAGGCGAUACCAUUGAAGACGGACCGACUGCAGCAGACCAAGAACAGGCACAAAAACUUUUCGAUAGCCAGGACGAGGUUGUGGGCAAUGACCCCGCUGCAGCGUGGCUCGGUGAUCCUGACCGGGCAGCGAUUCGUGAAGCAUACAUGCGAUUGUUCAAUUGGUCCAAUCUCAACAUUGUUUCCUCUCUCCGGUCUCUUUGCGAUCGUCUAGUACUCAAAGGAGAAACCCAACAGGUAGAUCGAGUAUUGGAUGCCUUUUCGACCAGAUGGUGUGAUUGCAACCCAAGUCAUGGCUUCAAGGCCACUGAUGUUGUUCACACCAUUUGCUAUUCCAUCCUGCUGCUAAAUACUGACCUGCACUUGGCGGACAUUGAGUCGAAAAUGACCAAGUCUCAAUUUGUGCGAAACACCAUGCCAACCAUCCACCGAGUGGCAAUGGAUGCCGCUCCCGAGAGUUUUGAGACUCUGCGCCCAAUCAAUCGCUCAUCCAAGAACCCCCUCGAAGCACACUCUGCCCCUACAUCAGCGCGCUCCGCAAGUUUCCCCUCAGAGGUUGCACGGAGUUCGUUGGACAAAGACAGCGAGUCCAAUAUUGAUGCCGGGCCACUGGUCAACACGCCAUUCGUUGGAACUGUUAGAGCUUGGGAACAGCAAGUGGAAACGGUUCUCAAGGAGUUUUAUACAUCUAUUCAAAAAGAAAGGCUCCCAUUGUUCGGUGCUCAGCCUGAACGCGAAGUUUCUCGUAUGUCGUCUAACAACUUCCUGGGCCCUUCUAGCAGUAUGCUUCGCAGAAGUCCCAGUACAAUCAGCAAGAGUGGCUCUGACAUCUUCCCUCGUGGCCGCUCCGCUAAUUCAACUCAUGGAGCUGCACGAUGGUCAUCAAAACCCCGCUCCCGAGCUGGCAGACUUUACCCACCCUCUAUGAUGGGCUCCAGUCGUACCAGCCUCGACGACCAAUCCUCCGUCUGGAGUCCAACCGGGUCCAGCACUUGGAGCAAGUAUUCCUUGGGCAAAUUCACAUCGGCCUCUGUGGAUUCCUUUGGCUCAGACUUCCCUCACAGCGGAUAUCAACAGUCGAUUGGUUUUGCCAAUGCCCUGAGCCAGGCUAUCAUUCGCGAAGACUCGGCUACCUCAGUAUACAGUUAUGAGGAGCCCGAACGGACCACUCCUCUUCUCGAAGACGAUACAUUGGCUCUUGCCGGAGCCCCGUGGGCUAAGGAGGGAAGCUUGAAGCACAAGCAUCAUCUGGAUGCAGUCGACAAGCGCGCCAAAGACCGCAACUGGAACGACUGCUUUGCGGUCAUUCAGCAAGGCUGGAUGCGUCUCUUUUCUUUUAAUAACUCUACUAAAUCAAUGCGACAAAAGGCAAAGCAGCGCGGAGGCGUUGUGGUCGGUGGUGGUAACUGGACAGAAAAUGCUGAAGAACUUUGGAAAUUCAUGUUGCGUCAGACCAUCGCCAGCGCUUUGCCUUCUCCCGGAUACUCUAAAUCCCGUCCUCAUGUCUGGGCUCUGAGCUUGCCUACCGGUGCAGUUCACCUCUUCCAGGCUGGAACGCCUGAGAUUGUGCGAGAAUUCGUUUCAACUGCCAACUACUGGAGCGCCCGGUUAUCCAAGCAACCGCUAGUAGGAGGCAUCAGUAACAUUGAAUAUGGAUGGAGUGACUCUGUCAUCAAUAGUGCCCUAAUCGGCGGCGGUGAAAGUCGAUCCCCGCCGCCCUCAUCGGGCGCACGGCCAAGUAUUCAAAGCUCCAUUCGAAGUUCUAUUGACCAACAAGGCGUGCGACCUCGCCUUCCUGCAGACCGGGUGAAUAUCAGUGACUGGAGUCCACCGCAGCAGAGUAUGGUGGCGUCCAACCUGACUGAAGAGGAGCAGCUAAAGGCACUGCAGGACUACGUGAAGAACGUCGAAGAAGAUCUCUCUCGACACAACGAGCUGCGUUCUGCGAUGAACCUUGCAUUCUCCCCGCGCCAUCCUAAUGCCGCCAAGGCAAUGGCCAACUGGGAGCGGAAAUCCUCAUAUCUCUUGCGAGAGAUUGUCAAAUUUCGCACAUACAUUGAUUCUCUGCGCAAUGCCAUCGGCUCAAAAGAGAAAAUCUUCGCCUCCACUACCCAUGAAAAGGAGGUCGAGGAAGUAACUGCAGAACCUGUUGUUGCAUGA